GUGAGAAUGGAGAGGGGACGAAGGGGCAGUAUAAGAGGGAGCACCGGAGGAGGGGGGGUGGACGUUGGCCAAGUGCAGACCAUCUAGACAGAGCGGUGGGUGGAAGGCGUGGACAACCAAGUGCUCUGAAUGUGUGUGUGCGUGUGUUUGUGUGAGCGCGCGCGUGUCCGUGCAAGCGUGUCUGUCCAGCGGCAUCAAGGACUCAUCCCUCUCACUCUCCCCCAGAAAAACCGAAUCCAUUCAUCAGCCGAGCACCGGAGAGCAAUCUCCCUUCUUCCCGUCUGUCUUCCUCUCCUUCUCCACCUCCUUGAAGAAAGUUCUCCAGAGAGCUUCUCCUGCUCAAGUUGUUCUGUAAAGCAGAAUGCAGAACGCCACCGGCGGUGCCAGCGAGGAGAUCCCGCUGAAAUGCAACAUGUCUGGCUACCCCUUCAUCUUCACCCUGAUCCCCGUCGUCUACGGCUGCAACUUUGUCAUCGGCAUCGUGGGAAACAGCAUGGUGGUGGCGGUCAUCUACUGCUACAUGAAGCUGAAGACGGUGGCCAACAUCUUCGUCCUCAACCUCGCCGUGUCCGACCUCACCUUCCUCCUCACGUUGCCCAUGUGGGCCACGGUCACAGCAACGGGCUAUAACUGGCCCUUUGGCAGUUUCCUGUGCAAACUCACAGCCAGCCUCGUCAUCUUCAACCUGUACACCAGCGUCUUCUUCCUCACCUCUUUGAGCAUCGACCGCUACCUAGCCCUGGUGCACCCGGUCCGCUCACGCCAGUGCCGCACGGUGGCCAACGCCCGCAUCACCUGCAUCGUCAUCUGGGCCUUCGCCUUUCUUCUCAGUGUCCCCACUGCUGUAACCAGGGACGUCUUCCAGAUCAAGGACUCCAACAUCACUGUAUGCGCCAUUCUGGACAGGAACGAACUCAACUACAAUCUGGUGGCCCUUAGCCUGAUGAAGAGCGUGCUAGGCUUCCUCAUCCCCUUUGCCAUCAUCAUCACCUGCUACUGCCUGAUCGGAAAGGCUCUGCUGGAUGCCCACGGGGUGCAGAAGAGUCGUUCACAUGGCGAUGAGGUCCUGAAGAUGUUGGCGGCCGUGGUGUUGGCCUUUUUCCUCUGCUGGGUGCCGCACCAGAUCUUUCACUUCAUGGACACACUGGUGCUCCUCAAGGUCAUCCAGAACUGCCACAUGCUGGACAUCAUCGACACCGGCAUGCCGUUCACCAUCUGCAUCGCCUACUUCAACAGCUGCAUGAACCCCAUCCUCUAUGGCUUCGUGGGGAAGAACUUCAGAAGGAACCUGCUGAAGCUCCUGAGGGGGGGCCCCCCUGCAGACCCCUCCCACGCCGGCCUCAGUGCCAAGAUGAGCAACCUCUCCUACCGUGCCUCGGAGUCACUGCACCUCUCUGCCAACAGGACAACCAGUCUGCCCAGUGUCAAAUAAGCAAACAGCAACAUGCUUUGCUAAAGUCGUAGAAUCGUCCUUUUUUUUGUGGAUGACAAGAAAAUGGGGCUAACAGUGAAAACCUGUGUGCUUCAAAGCCCCAGAAUGACUGCUGAGAGAAUAACCAAACAUGAAUGUAAUGGUGUGGCUUUGCUGACCGCUGUAAAGAACAUAGAUGCUGAAGUGACACAGCAAAAGCGUCAGGCAUCACACUGAAGUCCAUCAUGAAUCACACUCAUCUAUAUCCUCCUUCCUGCCAUUUUCUAAAUGCUUAUCCUGGUCAGAGAUGUAGGAGAUGGGGGGUGGAGCCUAUCCCAGGUAACAGAAGUGGAUAUUUCAGGUCCAUAAACGAAAAAUCCAGACCAAGAUUUUGUUUCAACCAAUCCGCUGAGUACUCUGUGAUUGUGACUCUUUAUGCUCAACUGGUUGGUGGAAACAAAAUCUUGGUCUGGUUUUUUAAUUUCUAGACCUGAACUAUCAACCUCUGCCAGGCAGUAUAGGGUACAAGGCUGGAGUACAUUCUGGAUGGCAUGCCAGUCCAUCGCAGCCAGGUUUAAUAUGUUUAGUGGAAUAAAAAGUUCCACUACACAGGGGUUCUGUAAAGUGUGGCUGUGUAUAUAGUCAAAACACUGGAAAUGAAGACGGACUAGAUGUAUGUUCCAGAUAUCAUUCUAGAACUUUUAGUGUAAGCAGGACCUAUAAUGCAGUCGUCUUUGCCUGUGUUUCUCUGUGGCGUCACAAAACCGACGGAUGCUCUGUCUUCGUUAACGUGACGUGAGUGGAGACUUACUGCAGGAGCUAACUUUCAAUGAAUUAAUGUAUGUGAAAUGGAAGAACGGCAGGGGUGUCUACAGUGAUCUGCAAAAAACUCAGUAUUUCAAGUUAUAUAGUGGGUUGGUGUUUUUUUUAAGGGAACCACUGCCUUAUGUGGAAUAGUGCUUCUGUAUAUCUGAGUCUUUACUCUGUCGUUUACUGUCAUUUUUAUUUAUAAAUCAUGACCAUGUAUGUCAUUUUUAAAACCCUAAAAAGUACUGAUGUUUUAUGGAGAGCUAUUGUUAUUGCAUGAGUUAUUGAAAUGUGUAAUAAACACAUAUCCCCACACGG